AUGGCUCACCGGCAGGUGUUUUCCGCCAUGGGAUUUCUGGCCGCGGCCGCCGCAGAGAUUGCUGUUUGCCCCGGCGAAAGCGACAGAUAUGGAGACUUCAAGUGCAACCACGAUCCGACGCACCGCGUGUGUGCGACUUUGCUCGACAGCAGUGGAAAGCCGUUAGCUUGGGGAAGCAAUGGGACAUUUUGGGAAAUCACUGGCCAGAGCGCGUUUCAAUGGGAUGACCGGAUUCGCGCGAAUCAUGGAGACAGCUGGUGCAUUUGCAUGUGGGCAACGGCCAGACUGAUAGAGACCGUUGGCUGCGAGAACAUCCACCUAAACUGCGCUGCAACCGAUGUGGCCUAUGUGGAGAACAGCUACCAGGAUUCUGGAGUGUCUUUGGCUGCGGCGAAAUCUUGCCUAGAACGAAAGUGUCCCAAACAGUCCCUCCCGCAGGAACUUGACGAUGCUAGCCUGGCUGCAGCUGUCCCAGGCUCGACGCCGCAGCACAGCAUGGCCAACUGGAUGCCAAGCUCUUUCCUGCCACUGAAGCUCGGGGGCGUCCUUGUGGCUCUCAUCGCCGGGGUGGCGAUGUAUGUUCGAAGUCCAGGCAGGCAAGACACGCAGCUCCGUGAGGUGGAGCUGGAACGGGCACUUUGA